CGUGGCACAUGCUGCGAUAGAACUUCUGAAGAUUCUGGCGACGACUCCCUCUGGUCUUAACCUUCUUUUUGGGGACCGUGGGCAUGGGUACAAUAUAGCAGCGCAGCUGAAGGAAAUGGCGAUGCGUGGACCCGGAACAAUAAGGGUCCGGGUAAUGGCUCUUGCAGCGGCAAUCUCCUCUGCAUCGCCGAAAGCGGCGGAAGCAGUGCAGCAGAUGGGAUUGCUCGACUUGAUGGUGAAAGAGGUGGACUCUGGCAUUGAUGUCCUCACACAGCUCAAUGCGUUGGAGCUCCUGGCUGAGCUUGCGAGCACUGCCAAUGGCGCAGAUUUCAUCGCAGCAGGGAACAUCUGUGGAAGGCUGGCAAAUAUAAUCAGCGCAGAAGACAUGGACCCCCUUGUUCGCGCCAGCGCACUGGCAGUAGCAGGGCGCUUGCUCUCUUCCACGGACUCAAGGCCAUCAUCAAUUUCACAGUCACAGACUCAGCUUGUGGUGUGGGCCAUCGACACAUUUCUUGAGCGUCUGAAUAACCGGAAGGCAAAUGGGGAGCGCAUUGAUGAAAGCGAAGAGGCUGCAGCGCUUGACGCGCUAGGCCAGAUUGGAUUAAAUGAGCAUGGUGCGGAGGUCCUCCUCAUGCGGCCAAGUCCUGCAGCGCGACAUGUUUUUCAAGCAGCUUGGCGUCCCUACACUGGUGGCCGUCAGUUGGCAGCUGUGCAUGCACUGGCUUCGAUAAUGGGAGCUGAGCGAAGUGGCCCUUCAGGUCCACUAUUGAGCAAGGCGGCAGAGGAUUGUAUUUCUGAUUUACUGUACAGCUCUGUGGCAGAGGCACCUGGGUCUCCUACGCCAGGGGAUGCUGUGUGGCUAGCUCUGCAGCAGUCUCCUGAAAUGAGAAUUGCGGUCUACCGUUUGCUGACUGUCAUGAUUGCAAGGCCUUGGGGCCUUAGCGAGUUCUGUUUGCAUGACAAGCUGGUGGACUACGUGACGGACCCUCGAACAGAGACAACGAAGACAGGUACCUCGAAGACGAAGCUGGAGCAACGGAGCUGCAGGUAGGUACCUCUGGCCUCCGCCCAAGCUCUCUCUCUCUCUCUCUCUCUCUAGUACUAACUAGCUAUGGCGCCCAGCGCUGGAGACUACAGCUACCUACUGC